AUGAACGGUGAAAACAUCAGACUCAUCAGCGCUCCCUACCAGCAGUGUGACGACGGACAGAUGCAUGUGAUCACUAUGGAGAGGAAGGGCAACACUUAUACCUGGCAUGUGGAUGGUCAUCCCACCAUCUUCGAGGACAGGUGUAAGUUAUUCUCCAUCGGAUCCCUUCUAGAUGGUCACGCUAAUGGUAGUCCCAAAUACUCUUUUAUUCAUGUUAAAGUUGCGAAAACUCCCAUCGGCGCAUUCAGAAGAGCAGUUGGUGAAUGCACGUAA